AUACUCUAGCUUCGUUGUAUAAAGCGUCUGAUUCACUCGACGUAUUAAAACCAGUGUUUAAUAAUAAAUUUUAUCAGUUUUGUGGGCAACGUGUACAGUGAAUGCAGUGACUUUGCAUUAGAACAGUUGUAACCGUUGAUGUUUGAUUAAUAAAUAUAAUUUAUAUAACCAAAAAUGUCAAAUAAAGUGUUGAACAAGUCUAAAUUGAAAAAAGACGGUGAUUUUGUUCCUCCAGAUGGUGGUUGGGGCUGGAUGAUCAUCUUUGCUGCUGGAUUUUCAAAUUUGUCGGCUCUACCAAUCCUGCAACAAUUCGGGCUGUUGUUCCGCGACAAAUUUGCACGUCUCGGCAUCAGUAGUUCGGAAACUACAACCAUAAUCAACAUGAAUUCAGCCCUGACCUCUUGCGUCGGAUUAGCAAAUGGUCCAGUUUUUAAAACAUUCAGCUAUCGCAAAGUCUCACUUACGGGUGCAAUCGUUGUCUUUACGGCUUUGAUGUUAACAACAUUUUCAUACAAUUUUAUCACUUACCUCAUAUCCUUUUCCAUAUUAUAUGGUGCCGGCUAUGGUAUCAGUAGUUCUGCUAAUGCUCUAGCAUUAAAUACUUAUUGGAAAAAGCGAAGAAGAUUAGCGACAAGUCUGUCAUGGACUACGACAGGCCUUGGCCCAAUGAUGUGGCCCCAUAUAAUUACCGGUUUAUUUGCUGUUUUUGGAGAAACAGGGGCCAUACUUAUUAUAGCUGGAAUAUCUCUACAUGCUAUAGCUUGUGCUUUACUAUUACAACCAGUAGAAUGGCAUUGCAAGAAACCCAAAGAAAAAGAUCUCGAAGAAGAUAAACUUAUUAGACAAGAAAUAAAUGGUAAUAUUAAAGAAAGAAAUGUAAAAGAAAAUGGAUAUUUCAGUCAAGUGUCAAAAUUAAAAAAUUUAAGCGCUUUCUCUAGUCAAUACCUUUACAAUGAAGAUGAUUCUGUAACACCUGGCUAUGAAAUAACUGAUCCUGGUAUUCCUAUGAUGAUUAGAGCAAACGAUGGUUAUUUCAGUCAAUCGAGACAGUCUCGAAGUAGACUGUCCUCUAGAGAAGGCUCUAACAAAAACUCGCGCUUGAACUCAAAGAAACCAUCAAUGACAAAUUUAGUCGAAGGUAGAUCUCGUAAAUCUUCAACAUUGUACUUAAACGAAUCAAAGAAAAAUUCAUCUGCUAAUCUUGGAGCUCUUGUUCAAGAUCGUGAUAAUUAUAAACCAAAACGAAAAACAUCGAUAACCGUAGAGGAAAAAAUACCAGAAUCAGAAAUCGAAGAUUGUCCUACAUUAAAAGCUCCGCAAGAUUUAAAAGCUGAUGAAAAAGAAGUAGUUCAAAAUAUUGACCCAGAAAAGGCAAAAAUUAUCGCUGAUAGAGCAGAACAACACUUAGCAACUAGUAAAAGUAUGAAAUCUUUUAGGUUGGAUGGAAAUUAUGGAGAAAAAUACAUGAAAGAUAACCAUAGCAAUGUUUCGUUUAAAAACAUGGAUGAUUAUGACGACAAAAAAUAUUUAAAAGACAAUCAUAGCAAUCAGUCUACAAGAGGAAAAUAUAGGAAAAAAUCAAAUAAUUUCAAUUAUGAAAGUGAAGUUUUGAAACAAGCUUCCAUGAAAUUAGAACAAUAUCUUAAAGAUAAUGAAGAAGAAAACAGGGCCGAUAAAAUAAAAUUACUAAUUAAUGGUCCAUCAGAUGAUGAAGACGAUGAUGUAUUCAAAGAUAAUAAAGUAAAAGCAGAAGAACUCGAAGAAGAAAAAUUAACAUUUUGUCAAAAAGUUGCCAUUUUCUUUGACCUGGAUCUAUUACAAGAUUUUACUUUUAUCAAUUUAAUGUUGGGCAUAACGUUAGCAAAUUUUAAUGAGUUAAAUUUUUCGAUUUUAACUCCUUUUAUCCUGGGUGAUUAUGGUAUGACCAAAUCUGAAGUGGCUCUCUUCAUGUCACUUUUGGCUGGUGUAGAUCUAUGUGUUAGGUUCUGUAUCCCAUUUGUAGCAGGGAAAAUAGGAUGGGAUAACAAUUCAUUUUUUCUUUUUGGGGUUCUGUCUAUGGCAAUGGGUCGAGUAGUUCUCUCAAUUUGCCAAAAGUACCAAGUCGUGUUGUUGGUUGCAGUAAUGAUAGGCUUUGGCAAAGGAUUAAGGACGGUAUUUAUGGCUUUAGUUAUACCAACACAUGUGCCACUACACAAAUUACCUGGAGCUUCUGGAAUUCAAUUACUCACUGCUGGAAUUGUUUACCUUGUAAUGGGUCCUAUAGUUGGAUGGAUAAAAGACAACGCCUCUACAGCGACAACUUUACAUUGCCUGAAUAUAUUCACGUGGCUCACGGCGCUAUCAUGGGGUCUUGAAAAAUACAUCCGAUCAAAGCGUCAAAUAAAUACAGAGCAAGAAUUAGAAAAAGCUUGAAAAAAAAAAUGUUACAGUAGUUAUAUUCGAAUUUACUGACGCCUGGACUACAAGGACCGAAAUGUUAAUAACUCUACAGGCGAAAAUAUAAAU